AUGAGUAGGAAAGGUGUGAAAUGGGAUGAAGCAAAUCUGGGGGAAAUUGAAGCAAAUAAACCUGUAAGGCAGAAAAUCACUGAACCAAAGACUCCAUAUCAUCCAAUGCUUGAUGUUGAUGGAUCUUUGUCUCCCAAUAUACGUAGGGAUACUAGUUUUCUUGAAGGCGAUGACAACACCAUUCAUGCAGAAGCAAUUCAAUCUGCAUUGAAUGACGUGGCAUCUUCUAGUAGUAGUAGUAAUAACAACCUCCAACGUGCCAGCUGGACAUCAUCAGAAGAUGAAGCUGAUUACAUGGAUCAAGAUAACCAAGAUUCUGAGACAGGGAGAGGAAAGGGGGGGUUUAAAGAACACAGGCGGGCCCACUAUGAUGAAUUUCAUAAAGUUAAGGAAAUGCAACGGAAAGGUUCUUUCGAUGACGUGUCGUCUGACGAGGAUGGAGGAAAUAGGAAGAAAACAAACGGGAAACGUGGGCUGUCCACGUCAUCGUCCUCGCUGGCAACUGGUUUGGAGGAUAUUGACCUCAAAGAUGCGGCUACAGAUUUAUCGCCUCCAAGGGGCUCUCACAAUUGAAUUCUAUAACUCUCUCUAUGCUCUUUAACUCUUAAGAUACAUAUGACAUUGAUGAU